AUGGACGCUGUUGCGCUGAGGCUGAGGCCUGGCCUGCAUUGCACAUGCCCGCUGCCCACCAGCGCAUACGGCUGCAUGCGGGUGCAUGCGAGUGCAGGCGGAUGCUGGUGGAUGCAAGAGGCCUCAAUGACCAGGCGGUUUAUCACGGCUGUUGCGCUGCUCAUCGAGCAAAACACGAACAGCAGCAACGCAAGGAUCAAGAUCGAGACGAUCGAGACGAUCGAGACGAUCAAGACGAUCGAGACGAUCGAGAUGAUCGAGAUGAUCGAGACGCAGAUGGAGGAGAGCCGGUUUGCAGCGGCCAUUGACCAGGCCACAUUAGCUGGCUGA